UCUAGGAGCAAGCAUCGGAAUCAAAGUUACUAACUUACGUAAAAACAGAGCACGCGUCGAUCGAUUUCGUUUACGCCAUGGGUUGGUCGCCGUUGAUGAUUAAAUAUCUAGCAUUCCUUUUCAAUUUUCUUUGUGCGGUGCUGGGAAUCGCCACUGUUGUGAUCAAUGUGCUGGCGAUUCAGGAGAUAGCUUCAAAGGACCAACUAAUUCUUUGCAUAUACAUUGCCGUCGGAUCCAUCGUAUUCUUGUUGUCUUUCUUCGGCUGUUUUGGGGCCAUCAAGGAUAGCAUUUGUGUUACCUGGUCGUAUGCCAUCUGUAUGCUGGUUAUGCUGAUCAUCUCGAUAGUCCUGCUGUUCGUUUUCCGCAUGCACUUCGAUGAUGCCUACUCCCUCACUAAACUAAAGCAGACUUUUGCCCAGCAGACUAAUAAUUACGAUGCCAUGGCGGACUACCAAACUCAAUUUCAAUGCUGUGGCAUCAACAAACUAAAGGAUUACGGCGACGCCUCUAUAAACGUGCCUAGUAGCUGUUACGACAAAAAUGAGGUUCCCUACAAGGACGGCUGUCUGUCCAAAAUGGAAAACCUACACGAGGAGGUUCUGAAGGGUCCCAAGAUGGUUGGCUGGAUGCUGAUGGUCAUCGAGAUCGGGGCGUUUACUUUCACCACUAUUUUGGGAGUGACCCUCAGAAACGAACAGCGCCGCGCUGCAUACUGAAAUAUCUGACUGUUUUAACGUACCUUUAAGUUAAAUUAUUUUUAUUUAUUUUUAAUAAAAAUAAUAAAUAUUUUCAAUCUGCUUA